CUAAAUUCCUCUGGUGUUAAUGCUGAGGACUCUAACACCGUUAAGUCUUCAAAAUCUCACUCUCAUCCUAUUGAUCUCAAAAUUAUAAUUGAUAAGAUGGCUACAUAUGUUUCCAAGAGUGGUGAAUCUCUUGAAGCCAAAGUUCGUGAAAAACAUAUAGAUGACCCUCGUUUCAGUUUUCUACUGCCUUGGAAUGAGUUCCAUUCUUAUUAUAGGCAAAGAAUUCAACAUGAAAAGGCAGCCGAGACAUCAACGAAUGAUCCCGCAGAAAAGGCGGAAGCCCUCAAGACCAAGAAACGCAAACUAGAAACUACAACUAUGAACAAAUCACACAUGAACAAGAAAACCAAGCUGAACUCAGACAGAAACAAAAUUUUUUUCUUCCAGGAGACAAAAAACAUUGACAGCGAAGAUAACAAAGCAAAAACCAACACAACCUCUAUCAAGAAACCUGAGGUCAACAAGUUUACAAGCUAUGAACUUGAGGACAGCACUGCAAGUUGGGCAAACCAAGUGGAAAAUGAGCAAAAAAAGCAAACAGAAGCUUUCAAGACCUCUUUAACUGCAAGAGAAACAUGUAAUGAUAAUGAAAAUUUGGAAAACAACAAACAUGCAAGUAGCACAGAACACGUGCUAAAUAAUGAAAACAACAAACAUGUGUCUGACAACAAGAAUGUCCCCAAACAUCUCACAUUACACAAAAAGAAAACAAAACAGUGA